AGAAACACGGAAGUAGAAGUGCAUUUUCAUGGCGCUCAACGUCCAGAAGAGCUCCUCCGCCUUGGCUGACGCCGAGCUUGAGCUCUGGACCAACACCUUCUCUUACAUAAAGUCCAUGGCGCUUAAGUCUGCCCUGGACCUCCGCCUCGCUGACGCCAUCAACCACCAUGGCGGUGUCGCCACGCUCUCCCAGAUAGUCACCAGGGUCACCCUUCACCACUCCAAGAUCCCCUGCCUGCGCCGCGUCAUGCGCGUUCUCACUCUCACGGGCGUGUUCAGCGUCCAGCAGGACCAGGUUUUGUCGACGGAUGACGAACCCACCUAUGCCCUCACGCCUGCCUCCCGUCUCCUCGUCGGCUCGCACAACCUGGCUUCGAUGAUGGCCAUGCUGCUCAAUCCCAUCAUGCUCACCCCGUUCCUCGGGAUCGGCGACUGGUUCAAGUACGGGCAGCCAGACCCGAGCCUCUUCGAGCAGACGCACGGCGAGGGCCUGUGGAAGAUGGCCCACCGCGACGCCACCUUCGACGCGCUGAUCAAUGACGGGAUGGUCUCGGACAGCCGCUUCAUCAUGGACAUCGCCGUCAAGGAGUGCGGCGAGGUCUUCCAGGGGAUAACCUCGUUGGUAGACGUCGGCGGUGGCCUCGGCGCGGCAUCUCAGGCAAUCUCCAAGGCGUUCCCGCAUCUCGAGUGCACCGUCAUGGAUCUCGGUCACGUCAUCGCCAAUGCUCCAACUGGUACUGACGUGAAGUUCGUCGCCGGCGACAUGUUCGAGAGCGUUCCAGCGGCAAAUGCUGUGUUCCUAAAGUGGGUUCUUCAUGACUGGAGUGAUGAUGAGUGUGUUAGGAUACUAAAGAACUGUAAGGAAGCUAUUUUAGCGAAGGAAGGAGGAAAGGUGAUCAUCAUGGACAUGGUGAUUGGAGCAGGACCGUCAGAUGUAAAGCACAGAGAAAUGCAGGCCAUGUUUGACCUAUAUAUGAUCAUUAUCAAUGGCAUUGAGCGAGAUGAGAAACAGUGGAAGCAAAUCUUCAUGGAAGCUGGAUUUAGCCGACACAAAGUCAUGCCGGUUCAAGGGUUUAGAUCAAUCAUCGAGGUCUACCCAUAACUAUUUAUUCAAAAAGGUAAUUUUAUUUAUUAUGUGGGCUUGUAUAAACUAAUAAGGAUUCUGUCAUGUUGUAUGAUCGUCGAAAUUUGGGUAUGGAGAGAUUUUGCCAACUUUCCCUCUGUUUUGCCAUUAAUAUUUUUUUCUUGUUGGAGGCAAUUAAUAAUUCUGUUUCGAAAAGUUACAUUAGUAAUAAAAGAUGUAUCAUUCAAUUAUGUAUCCGUGUUCAAUGCAAAUUUCUGCGUUCUACACGAACAAUCAUCUUAAUAGCAUUUAGUUUGUAUCUGCCCACGAGUUUUGCCAAUAUUUCUAGUCAUUAGUUGGGAGUGUAUCACUUAUUAUGGACGCUUUGUCUAUGCAGAAAUGAUUUGUUUUUUGAGAGAAAUAAUUCCUCACCU